CAAUUGACAAUUUGACACAUACAGAUAAAUAAGCGCGUAAACUACGACCCUUCUGUCUUGUAACAUUGUUCUGUUAUUUGUAUUUUAAGCAGUUAUUAAACAAUCGUUUGUAAUUUUAAAUUCACUAUUACUUCAAAAUUUUCCGAUACAAGGUCAAAACUUGAUUUCGACAUAAUUUUAAACGAUUCGUAUAUCAGUAUAAUUGAUUGGAAUCAUCGAGUCACCAGUGUCAACCUAACCUCAAAUUCGAAGUGUAACACAUAAAACAUUCGGUGAAAUAUGAAUCCAUCAGGCGGUGGUUUCGGGGCAUUUUCGUUUGGCACACCUACAUUCGGUGCUGGCAACAUAUCUAGUACUGCUCCGGCAACAACAAAUACAAUGUCAUUUGGUACUCCAGCUGCAUCCAUUCCGGUAGCAUCAGCAACAGCAACAGCUUCAGUGGCUUUAUCAACUGCACCGUCAGCUUUUGGAUCAUUUGGAACAUUCGGUGCUGCCUCUACCGCAAGCAAUACUUUGCCCUUUGGAACAAUGCCAGCAACGACAAGUUCAAACCUUUCGUUUGGUACACCGGCUACAACUACAUCGGCACCAGCUUUUGGUACAACAAAUACAUUACCAUUUGGUGCUCAAGCGGCCAAGCCAGCGGCACUACCCACAUUCGGUGCAUCUAUUCAGCAACAAACAAAUGCACCAACUGCUACACUUUCAACUGCGGCAGCAGCGGCGGCGGCGAGCACAGUAAAUACAAAUCUAGCCGGUCCAGCUAUUGGAUAUGGUUCGAGUACAACAACAACCCAAUCGACAGCUGUGGUUGGAAAUCAAAUGACAUUCUCACAAAUCGAAGAAAUGAUCAACAAAUAUACAUCUGAAUUGGAAGAACAAGAGAAAGUCUUCAUAAAUCAAGCAACACAAGUAAAUUCAUGGGAUAAUCUUUUGAAUAAAAACAGUAAAAAGAUUGUUGAGCUCAGCAACGCCGUGGAAAAGGUGAAAAGUGAACAAAAAUGCUUAGAAGAUGAAUUGAAGUUCAUUGAAACGCAACAUACCGAGUUGGAGGAAUUUAUUGCACCAUUGAAAAAAGAUGUCGAUAAAAUACCGCAUAGCGAUUUGGAAAAAGCACAAACAUAUUCACUAGCUGAAAAUUUGGAUACGCAAUUGCGUCAAAUGUCCGAAGAUUUGAAAGAGGUUAUUGAACAUUUGAAUGAAGUAAGUAAAUUACAAAAUUCAAAUGAUCCAAUCGUUCAAAUUGGACGCAUUCUGAAUGCUCACAUGACAUCGCUACAAUGGAUUGAAUUGUCAACAUCGAAUAUCAAUGUUAAAUUGGAAGAAAUCAACAAAAUGUACGACACACUUCGACGCGACACCGAACGAAGUUUACGACUGACUUAUUGCGACUGAAACCAUUACAUUCAAAUUAACAUUUACUUUGGCAAAAUUACAAUAAAAAUAUCGAAUUUGUUUGGACAAAAUUUAAAAUA